AUGAAAGUUCCAUUUGAAUUCCAGCUUUUCCUCACAACAGCAUUUCUACUUGUUUGCAUCAACGAUGCCGGUUCGAUGGGCAAAUGCUUGAACGACCAGAAAUCUUUGUUACUUGGAAUGAAGAGUGGCAUGGUUUUCAUUUCUUCUGCUUCAACUAAAAUGGUGCAUUGGAAUGCAACCUCUGACUGCUGCUUCUGGCAUGGCGUUACGUGUAGCAGCGAAGGCCGUGUAGUCGGUCUUGAUCUCUCCUGGGAAGCAAUUUCUGAUGGCAUUGGCAGCUCAAGCAGUCUUUUCAGUCUUCACUAUCUUGAAAGCCUGAGUUUGGCUUUCAACUCUUUCAACUCUUCUCUGAUUCCUGUUCAGAUGUAUAAUCUCACAAACUUGAGGUACCUGAACUUGUCACAAGCUGGUUUUGGUGGGCAGAUUCCAAAUGGAAUAUCAAGGCUCACAAGGUUGGUUACUCUUGACCUCUCAACUCUGUUUCCAGUUGGGCAGCCAUUGAAACUUGAGAAUCCCAACUUAAGACUACUGUUUGAGAAUGCCUCAACUGAGCUUAGAGAAGUUUAUCUUGAUGGUGUUAGUAUCCCAGCUCAAGGUAGUGAAUGGUGUGAAGCCUUGUCUUCAUCUUUGCCUAAUUUAAGAGUCCUGAGCUUGAAAAGUUGUCAAGUUUCUGGACCUAUGCAUCCUUCCCUUUUGAAGCUUCGCGCUCUAUCUGUCAUCUAUCUCGACGGCAAUAAUCUGUCCAGUGCAGUUCCAGGAUUCUUGGCAAAAUUUUCAAAUUUGACAACCUUGAGCCUCAGUUACUGUAACCUGUGGGGAGAACUCCCGAAAUCGAUUUUACGGGUACAAACUCUUCAGCAUUUGGAGCUGUCAAAUAAUCCUGACCUUAGUGGGAGUUUCCCAGUUUUCCAACAGAACAUAUCCUUGAAGACAUUAUCACUAAGUGACACUAGAUUCUCAGGCUCAUUGCCAGAUUCCAUUGGUCAUCUUCACAACUUAUCUAGGAUUGAGCUUUCGAACUGCAGCUUCGUUGGGGCAAUACCUUCCACAAUGGCAAAGCUUACGAGUUUGGCUUAUGUGGAUUUCUCUUAUAACAACUUCACUGGUUCUUUCCCAUCUUUCCAGAUGUCAAAGAAACUAAUCUACAUAGACCUCUCUCAUAAUAUUCUAACAGGUCCACUUUCUUUCUCACACUUUGAAGGCCUCUCAGAGCUGAAACAUGUUAAUUUAGGGUCUAAUUUAAUCACUGGAAAGAUUCCCCCAUAUCUGUUUUCUCUCCCAUCACUCCAAAGCCUUUACCUCAACCAAAAUCUUCUCGAAGGCCAAGUCGAUGAAUUUGAUAAUGCAUCUGCUUCUCAAUUACUUACACUCGACCUGAGCAGUAACCGUCUAAAUGGAUCCAUCCCAAAUUCUUUCUUCAAGCUUCCAAAGCUGAGUGUGUUGUCACUUUCUUCCAACUUCUUUAGUGGGAAGAUGCAGUUCAAUGAUAUUGUAAAGCUCCCGGAUCUAAGCGAACUAGAUCUUUCUUAUAACAACAUGACAGUUGACACAACAAUUAGUAAUGAACCCUUGUUCUCCUCUGCCCUCACAGUAUUGAAUUUGGCCUCAUGUAAGUUGCAAAAGUUUCCAGACCUUAGAAAUCAAUCAAAGAUGAAAAGAUUAGACCUUUCAGACAAUCAAAUUGUGGGGACAAUUCCAAACUGGAUUUGGAAAGUUGGCAAAGGAGGUCUCACUUCUCUGAAUCUUUCUUGCAAUUCUUUGGAUUAUCUGGAAGAACCUUACAGUAUUAACAGUAGUCUAUCAGUAAUUGAUUUGCACUCAAACAGAUUACAAGGCAAUUUACCAAUCCCUCCAGUAUUUGCCCUCUAUGUGGACUACUCAGGAAAUAAUUUCAGCAGUGCCAUUCCGAAUCGAAUUGGAACUUCUCUUGUUGUUGCUGUCUUCUUUUCACUUUCAAAAAAUAGAUUCACGGGGCCAAUUCCCGAUUCAGUAUGCAAUUCCAGUUGGGUUCAGGUUCUUGAUUUGUCUCAAAAUCUCUUGAGUGGCAAGAUACCAUCCUGCUUGAUGAAUUCUAGCUCUAUCGUCGUACUGGAUCUCAGGAGAAACAAUCUUAGUGGCACUAUUCCAGAUGAAUUCCCAGACAGAUGUGCAGUUAAAACAUUAGACCUUAGCAGAAAUAUGUUGGAAGGUCAGAUGCCAGAGUCCCUAGUGAACUGCAGAUUCUUAGAAGUUUUAAAUUUUGGAAACAACAAAAUCGUAGACCGAUUUCCAUGCCCUUUGAGGAGUUUAUCCACCUUACAUGUCCUAGUCCUGCACUCCAAUCGUUUCUUCGGAGAUCUUCACUGUCUUAAUUCCAAUCUGAGCUGGAAAAAUCUUCAAAUCAUUGAUAUAUCUUCCAAUGAAUUUAGUGGUAAGCUUGAUAGCAGUUACUUCUUUAGCUGGAGAGGAAUGAUAUCGAAUGAAGAUGCUUUUACCCCUGCUGAAAAUCAGAUUGGAUUUGUCUCGUUAUUCGAUGAUUUGUGUUACGAGGACACAGUGACAAUAAUCCUGAAGGGACAAGAGGUGGAGCUUGUGAAAGUUUUAAGAAUCUUCACAUCCAUUGAUUUCUCAAGCAAUAAGUUUGAUGGGGAUAUACCAGAUUCAAUUGGGGCUCUAAAUUCACUUCAUCUUCUCAACCUGUCACACAAUGCUCUCACAGGCAAAAUCCCUCAAGAAUUUGGAAAUUUGACACAGCUUGAAUCUCUGGACCUCUCAGCUAACCAGUUGAGUGGAGAAAUCCCAAUGCAGCUCUCAAAACUCACGUUUCUUUCGGUCGUGAAUCUAUCCAUGAAUGAGCUUUCGGGCAAGAUUCCAACCGGCAAUCAGUUUCAAACUUUUUCAGAAGAUUCGUUUCGAGAUAAUACUGGACUCUGUGGAUUUCCAUUGAAUGUAACGUGCAAUGUUACAAGUUCCAGUGGGUUGCAAAGCCUGAGUUCUAGCGGCAGCCAUUCAGGCCUCAAAACUGAGGUAAGAUGGGAGUAUGUAGGUUCUAGCUUGGGUUUUGUUGUGGGUUUGUUUGCAGUUCUCUGGCUUCUUUUGCAUAGCGAAAUAUGCAGUGAAAGAUUUAACAGGCACCUCAACAAUGUUCUUCUAAGACUUUUUCGUCAUUGA